AUGCCGAAAGCCCUUUUCAACAGCCGACUGAUUGGGCUGCCUUGUCUCGACUCUGAGGAAUUGGCCGAUGCCCGCAAGAAAGAGCUCUUGAUUCCCCGCCGGGACGCCAGACAGCUUGGAGUUACCGCGGUUAAAGCCGUCAACGCGGGUUUCUACGUCUUACCCGACGGGUCUGAGGUGAUGUGGAAAGACUUCGUUGACAAUGCUAGAAAAGAGAAAGUCAGCAUCAAGCCAAAUGAUCCGCUUCCAGACUAUUUUCCCGACCAAAGUACAAAGACGCUGGUCCAGGUGACCAACCAAACGACAAUGCAAGCGGCACUGCAAAUGGUACAAAAGGGCGAAAAGCCUCUGGCCCUCAACUUUGCCAACGGUUACUCAGUGGGGGGAGGUUUUCUCGGUGGCUCUCGAGCGCAGGAAGAAUGCUUGUGUCGAUCCAGUGCCCUCUAUGUCACCCUGAAAGGAGACGACAUGUACAAGCACCACCAAAGACAGCCAGGCCCCAAAGUAUCAUCUUCUUGGGCGAUUCUCUCUCCCAACGUCCCCGUAUUUCGCACCGACGCCGGUAAAGAGCUCAGCGAACCCUGGUUAUUGAGCAUAGUGACUUGUGCAGCACCUCAGGCCCACAAAGCUAAGAAUGCCAAGGAAGCAGAAAAGUUGCUCAAACAACGCAUUCGCCGAGUUCUAGAGAUUGCCGCGGCCUAUGGGUACACAUCUUUGGUGCUUGGUGCGUGGGGUUGUGGCGCGUUCGGUUGUGAUCCUGUGCGCACCGCCCGUGAUUUUCGCGAGUCUUUGGAGAAUGAAUUUGCAGGAGUCUUCACCAACAUUGUCUUUGCCAUUACCGAUUGGUCCGAGGAGAGAAUGUUUUUGGGCCCCUUCCGAGACGCUUUUGCUCCAGAAACAAAGGAACAAUCAUAG